AGUGAGGUCGCAGAUGCAAUCAGCCAAAUGCCUUAUCCCUAUGGUUGCCUGCAGAUGCAGUGCAGCUGCAGCUCUGCGGCAGGACACCUUUCAUCGCCUUACUGGAGUAGAACAGUGCUCUUCCCUGACUGGGCCUACAAGCCAGCAUGGUCGCCCGGCUCCAGACAGGUCCAGCUGUGGCACUUCCUGCUGGAGCUGCUGGGGCGUGGCGAGGGCGGGGCCAUCGGCUGGGGAGGGGAGUGGGGCGAGUUCGUCAUCCGGGACCCCGAGAGGCUGGCCAGGCUGUGGGGGGAGAGGAAGGGCAAACCACACAUGAACUACGACAAGCUCAGCCGGGCGCUCAGAUACUACUACAACAAACGCAUCCUGCACAAGACCAAAGGGAAAAGAUUCACCUACAAGUUCAACUUCAGCAAACUCAUCCUGGUCAACUACCCAGGAUACCCGCCGCCACCACCCGGCCAUCAGCUGCAGAGCGGCCCUCUUCCCUUUCCUCUCCCCCCCGCUGACAGCGGUCUACCUCUGUGUGGAGGAGCAGGGUCGGUGAUGGACAGAGCAGUCCAGCCUGUGCCUCACCCCUUCUUGCUCCCGUGCUGCCUCCCUAAGCCCCUCCCGACGCCCCGGGCUCUCCACGGCCACUUCCCCUUCAUCUCCGCCCCUGCUCGCCCGGGAGCCAACCUGAGGGAGUCAAGCCUCCCACCUCUCCCAUUGGCCCUCCACGUCAGCGCCAACGGCUGGCCACACAAGAGCCCUGCAGGGUGGCAUCUUGACCACAACAUUCGGAGCCUGUUUGGAGGAGCGAAGCAGACUGAUAGUCAAGGAGAGGAGAGGACAGCGGGGAGUGUUGCACAGAUGGGGGAGAGACAGUGAGGAAGAGGAAUAAACUACAACAGAUGGACUGCUCUGCUUCCUCAAAUCUCUCAAAUACACUCUUUUUUUUAGCUCAUUGUACAGUAGUUUAUUAUUCAUUUUAUUUAUAAACUUGGACCAUGAUGUGUGUUUAUGUGUGUGUUUUCUUUUUUUUGAUAAAAAUACUGCGGAGGCCACUUUUCUUCUGUCACAGCACAGUAGGGGAACUGCUCUUGUACACAA